CUAUUGGCAGCGACGCAACAGUAUAGGAACGCGCUUGCUCGUAGUUGUUCCUGAAGAGGUUGCAGCUCUGGGCUUCAGCAAAUGUCCAACAAUAUGUCUCUGACAGACGCGUUCUUCGACCUCUAUGGUCCGCCGAAAAACAAUGGCAAUGGGCAACCGGAUAGCGCCCGCUCGCUAGGGCAGGCGGCACAAUAUGUACUUGGAGUCGACUUCCCAAGCGGGCCAUGGUCUCCCAGGUUUGGCCUGGCCACGCCCGGCGCUGGAUAUGGUAGCUCGGCAAGCGCGGAAAUUCUCAAUGCGCUUGGCAUGGUCGACAACAUGACGCCACGGCUCUUAACCGGAACACACGAGCCGUUCCCCAGCUCCUUCAGCAGUGAGCUGCAGCCGCAACACCAGCAGACCGAGCAGCCCCAACAGCAACAACCAGAGGAGCUUGCGCAGAUGCAGCACCACCACCAACGGCAACACCUGCUGCCGCAGCCGCCGCAGUUGCAGCUGCAGCCGCUGAACCUGCCGCCCCUCAACCUGCCGCCGCUGUCCUUCCAACUCAACCCCGGCGCCAACGCCACCGCAAACACUUUCGUCACGGACGUCACCCUCGGCAUCCACGUCAAGGCCGAGCCCCGUGUGUCAGUCUCCUCCGGGCCGCUGCCGGCCCCGCUCCAACAGCAGCUGCUGCUGCAGCAGCAGAGCUCUGACGUGCAGCAGCGGAUUCAGGCAGAGCCACCGCAGCAGCCUCAGCAGCAGGCCUCGGCGGAGGAGCCGGAGCCCGAGCAGCUGGACGACGAGGACGACGAGUCGGACUCGCAGGGGGCCACGACGGGCGGCCGGGGCGGGCGGCGGCGCAAGCCGGCGGCCAAGUCAGGGCGCGGCGCGGCCAAGGGCGGUGUUGGCAAGAAAGGACAGGCGGCGCCCAAGGCCCGUGCGGCGGCGGCGGUGGCCGCAGCGGCCGCCGCCGCGGUAGUGGAGGUGUCUCCCGGGCGUGUGCUGUACACCGGGACGGUUGGCAGCAGCGGCUUGAUGCAGACCGGCGAGGCGCUGCCUUGGUCCCUCAGCCUGCAGGCGCUCAACGCGCAGCUCGCAGCCUCCAGCCCGCCCGGCAGCACGGCCUGGCCCGCGGAGGCGGACUCCUAGGCGCUGGGCACCAUGCCGCGGCGCGGCUAGGCUUGAGAGCUGGCACCGCGGGCGCCACGGCACAGCGCUAGUGCCGCCCGAGGCCUGCAGGCCUGCAUGGCCGGUGCUAGGCGGGGACUGUGGGAGACCUGCGGCAAGGCCAGGCCCCGGGCCAGGCAGGAGUCUGGCCGAAAAAGGACGCAGGGCGGGGCGGGGCGGCCGCCCUGCAGCAUGCAUUUUACCGUGCAUUUUACAGCGCAUUGUAUUAUGCACUUUGCGUACGCGUGUGCUUAAGCCGCCAGACCGCGCUACACUACCCCCAGCCGAUGACAAGCACAAGGGGUGGCCGGUACGGCGCUAGACGCCCCGCACCACCGUGUCAGUAAGGCGGCCGGGGUCGCGCGGUGGGGCACCGGUAGGGCAUCCAAUUGGCUCCAUGCCAGGGUGGGCGGCUGCCGCUUGCGCCAAGGUUGUUGAUGCCGGAAGCGGCAUAUAGAGUGCUUUUCCCGCACAUUUGUGAUUUAGAUGUGAGUUGUCUUUUCUUGAAGCUAAAGACGCCGCGAGGGCGGAGGGGCGCGCGAUGCUUGAACUGUUAGUUGAGGGUAUUGUGGGCCACGGCGAGGGCCCUUGGCCACUGCAAGAAGAACAAGGCUCGCCGCUGCAAGAGCCGUAGCCGGGAUAUGCGCACGAGGUAGAGCUCAAACAACUAGAGGUGAUUAGCUGCAUGCUUGCAUGUUCUUAUAUAUCGCAUGAUACGCACAUACCGUAGCUAGGAGUUAGCCACAACAACAUGACCACCAUUGUGGAUGGCGCUGCAGCUCAGGUUGCUGCAGCUGUUUGAGCUUAUCAUGGGGGCGCGCGCCACCAAGGAUGGGUCGUCCCAACCAGCUUGGUGCUGUCGGGCGCCGUGUAGUAAAGCGGUAUGUCCUUUGGCGAUGUAUGCGUGGGGGAAUCGCACGGGGCAACGGGUGCUUCAUCGAUUUUCGUGCGGACUUCGCCGCAAAUGGGGCAAGCAUGCGGAACACAGCAAUACGCGGGUGGCAGGUAGUAGGCCAGGCGCAUCAGCAUGUACGUGGGGUAGUCCGAAACGUGGGCUUGAUUUCGCGAUGUCCAUCUGUAGCUAUGGGCUGGCUUGGGUUCACUGCGAUCAAGAAGGGAUGAUUGACCUUGUUGACGAGGCGGCUCUUACCUACCAUUGCGAUGACAGGCGUGCACGGGUGCCUGGGGCUUGGGUUCAUGCCGAAGAUCUGUUUCAAUCUGACGCGUUCGAUCUCGUUUCAAGCAAGUCCGGAUUCAUGCAAAGCAGUAAUGCUUGCUUGGUGACUGUCCGGGAUGUGCGUUGUUGUAAAGGCAGGCAAGUGGGUCGGGACACGGAUGGAGGGCAUGGCACAGAUCCACGCAUGCGCCGUACUCGGAUGAUGCGUUUUGCGCAGCCGUGGCGGGCCGUUCGCAGCUCGUGUGCGUUGUUAGUUGCGGUCACUGCUGGCUCCAGCAACAAUCUUGCAUGUAGGUAGCAUGAAGACAAGGCCUUGCAUCGGUGUGGAUGAGCUGGAUGUGGUUCAUUACGCGUGCAGACGGUCGCUUGUGAAGGGCAAUAAUUAAACGGAUUUAGAGUGCAGCAGGUAUACUGCCUAGAUACCCACUGCUGAGUUGCCGGCUAAGUCCGGGGUACCAGGAGCCGGCAAAAGCCCACAUGACGCUUUGGUAUGCGGCAAGUUACCGUGUAAACAUUACUCUGC